AUGAAGAAACUGCCCGCAUUGUUUAGAGAGUCUGAUUCGACAUUAGUAAUUAAAUGGGAUGAUAGAGGAUUUAAUGAUGUACCAAUGGCUCCGGGCUGUCGUACCAGAAUAGCCGGUCAGACGAAGGCCGCUCUAAUUACUCAACUCGUGGCAAAUGGCGCAGUUGACAUUUACGGAUUAAAUUUAGUCUACAUGUUUAGAAGUCCAGAUGCACUUGGCCAGCGUGAAGAUACAAUUCCCGCAUGGGCUAGGCACUAA